UUUACAGUAGCUCGUGUGGCAACGAUAGUAUCUAGCGGGCUGAACGAAGAGCGCGGAUGACAGACUGCUAGUUUGGACCUAUGAAAUAAGACGAAAUGGAUGUGAUACUUGGAGGAAUAGAAGGGGGAGCUACACAUUCAAAGAUAGUGCUAUAUAAUGGCCAAGGUGAAAAACUGGCAGAAUGCGGUGGGCCAGGGGUCAACCACUGGCUAUUUGGAAUGGCGGAGUGUGAGAAGCGUAUCAAUGGAAUGGUAGAAGAAGCAAAGGCAGCUGCAAAACUUCCUAUUGAUAAACCUUUGGCAUCACUGGGAAUGAGCCUCAGUGGUUGUGAACAAGAGGAGACCAAUAAACAGCUGGAAGAUGAGCUCCAUGAACUAUAUCCAAACCUCAGCAGCCACUAUGUUGUCUGCAGUGACACUGUUGGCUCAAUUGCUGCUGCUCAUCGCCAUGGUGGGAUGGUACUGAUAGCUGGAACUGGCUCCAAUGCUCUUCUCUUGAAUCCAGAUGGAACUCAGAGCAGAUGUGGUGGCUGGGGCAACAUGCUGGGUGAUGAAGGAAGUGCAUUCUGGGUGUCCCACAAAGCUGUGAAAAUCUACUUUGAUGAUGAAGAUAAUCUUGCUAAGGCACCAUAUGAUACCUCAAUAGUUUGGCAGACAAUAAAGGACCAUUUCCAAGUCAGUAACAGAUUUGAUCUCCUGGAACACUGCUACUCCAAGUUUCAUAAACCAAAGUUUGCGGCGCUGUGUAAGAAAUUGGCAGAAGAAGCUAAAGCAGGAGAUCCAUUGUGUCUUUGGCUGUUUGAACAGACAGGUCGUGCUCUUGCCACUAUGGUACGAGCACUUGUGCCUGCAGCUCAUAAGGAUCUGUUCUUAGCAGACAGCGGUUUGCCUGUUGUCUGUGUUGGAUCUGUGUGGCUCAGCUGGGACUUGUUGAAGAAUGGAUUCAUAUCACGUCUGCAAGAACCUCCACAAAAUGAGGGUGACCAGCCAGUUUGUGAGCUCUCUCUGCUUAAACUUACCACAAGUAUGGCGGUUGGAGCCACAUACCUGGCAGCUGACGCUAUUGGCAUUGACAUGCCUAGAGAUUAUCGUCAGAACUACACAGUUUUUUAUCAUUACAAACCUCAGCAACGAUGUGAAUGUGCAGGUUCCUGUAAUAAAUUAUGAGGUGUUGUACGUACUUAUUUUAGAAAUUGUAUUGCAAGUGUACAACAUUGUAAGCAUCUGGCCAGAAUUGUCAUGAGAAUUUCUUUGCAAAAGUUACCUGUGUUUCAUGUACUACAAUCAUGUGAUGCUACAGAGCAUCACUUUUCACACUUCUGUGGUUCUCACUAGUGCUUGCAUUUUAUUCUAUGCAGAUGCUUCUAUUUUUAUCUCCUCCCCCCUCCUGUCCUUGUUUAGAUGAUUGUACUUCGUGUCACUGUAUUGUCAGCUAUGGAGGACUGUUCUAUAUUCCACACAAAAGGUGAAACUGGGUGUUAUGUCAGAUAAUCCACAACAAAAUUUCUUUAAGGAAUAAUAAAAUAAUAUUUAAAAUUACUUUUAAUAAAGAUUGAUGUUUUUCUAUAUUGUGGUCUAAAAUUCAGAUAGAUCUUGCUGCAGACAGCCAUGUGCAGAUAUGAUGAUUUUCCACUAGCUGAUUAUUCCUAAAAUGUUGUCUGUCAAUUAUAGGCUAUACCCAUCAUCCUUAAAAUGAUUACUUACUUUUUCUAGCCCACCCGGUUAGCCGAGCGGUCUAACACACGGCUUUCCGGAGUUGUAAGGAGUGCCUGGUCCCCGGCAUGAAUCCGCCUGGCGGACUUGUGUCGAGGUCCGGAGAGCCAGCCAGUCUGUGGAUGGUUUUUAGACAGUUUUCCAUCUGCCUCAGCAAAUGCAGGCUGGUUCCCCUUAUUCUGCCUCAGCUACACUAUGUCAGCAAUUGCUGUGCAAACAAGUUCUCCACGUACUCAUACACCACCAUUACAAACAUAGGGUUUACACUCAUCUAGUGUGAGAUGUUUCUGGGGUAAGAGGGGGGGGGGGGGGGGGGGCAAUUGGGGCGAACCACACGAUAACCCUUGGUUCAGUGUGAGGUGGCGGAAGGGUGAAGUGGAGUGCGGUAGUUGUCGUGGGGUUGUGGACCACUGCAGCUGCGGCAGGGAUGGAACCUGUCUGUGGUUUUUUGGUCCCUGGUUACCAUACAUUAUAAUACAAUACAAUAGUUUUUCUACCUAGAACGACUUACAUCAUUGUUGAUUACUGUACAUCAUUUAUAUUUUCAAGUUGUAUGGACAUCUUCUUCUUAGAUUAUUCUGUGUGCAACAUUUUAUUUACAAUGUUGCAUCAUGGAAUCUGAGGAUAGUACUCAAGUCAUUUUCCUCAGUUUUACCACUGACCCCUCCCACUGCCGCUACUUACUAUUACUACUAUUCUAAAUGCCUAAUGCUAUGUGUUGUGCUUAACAAAUCCAGUGACAAAAAGUAUGUGAGCAUUCUUGGUGAGACAAGAGCACAUGAAUUUUCUGUUGAUUGUAUUGGAAUGAUGGUGGGUAUGUUAUUACACACUGCUCGGAGUGGCCCCUCACAAGUUUACAAGGAUGUUCUAAAUAGAACACUGGCAUUCCAAGAUCUAAAUCUUACUUUUCAGUACCUCAAAGUGUCUUCCUUUAUUAACACUAAAGUGUAGUACCAAUAAUCACAGUAACAGUAGGGAUGUGAGGGUUCAGGAGGAGUCUUGACAAGUGUUUCCUAUCAUUUUGCAGCUCAAAGAAAGAAUAUGAACAAAUUCAUUUCUGUAUUCUUAUUGAGCUUCCUGUCACGUUUAUGUGGGGAAGAAAACCACCAUCCAAAUAUGCUUAUAACUAAUGACAUUUCUAAAACGUAAAGUGGAUGAAUAAAGGCUGUACUUUUUUUGUAUGGGUCUAGACUCAGGGAACAAGUCAUGGCACUCACCAUUGUUAACUAGUGUUUAAUUUUUAUUAAAACUGGUUGAAUAUUUAGCAACUCAUUAAUGUAUAACUUACGGAAACAUGCUAGCUGAUUUCAUUCAGCAAUGAAGAAACUUCGAGAAUGUAUGUCCUACUUUAUUUCUGUCAGAUGUGAGGCCAUUCUUUCUUAUAACUUUUGUUACAAUUGUUUCCACAGUGUUUGUUCACUUUUCUAUUGUACAGCUCUUUAGAUAAGAGUCAGCAGAAGUUGGAAGUCUUCAGACGAAUACUGUACAUGCUUUCCAGUUUGUGAACCUUUGCAGUAACAACCUUAAGAGUUGGUGUUAUGAGAGCCUUGCAUGAGUUUAGCACUUUGCUGACUGCCUUAAAAGUCAGUUUUUUUUUUAAAUAUCGAAUUUAUUGUGCUCCUUAGAUUGCACAAUAUUUUAAUCUGCUGUUUCUUAUGCUCUCUACAGAGUUAUAGUUUUUUUAAACUGUAAGCACAAGCAAAAACCUGUAUUUUUUAACUGUAUUGCUUUAAAAAAUACUUACAUAAAUUGUAGACCUCUUUGCAGUACCAAAAGAUAUUGUCACAUUUGCUUUCCAAGAAAGCUUUUAAGAAAUUGACAGUAGAAUAGAAAUGUAAAUUUUAACAUUAUAUCCAUUAUACAAUAGUCACUUGUGAAGUAAAUUCUAUAUGUAAGUGUGUCUGUAUUAUUAUUAAUGCCUGAGAAGAGAUAGGCAUGGUUUUGUGUGUGGUGGUUCAUGACAAUGACUUUUGCUGUGAAUUUACUUAACUAUGUGUGGAUGUUGGUGUACAUGUGUAUUUAAAAAAAAAAAAAUGAAAUGUACAGGACUUGUACAAGUUACAUUCAGACUGCAGCAGUGAGGAGAAAAUGUAAAUGCAUAACAAAUAACAAUUUUUAUGAUUAUGAGAUACCAGCUAUAUCUUGUGACUUUAGCGUUACAGGGCAGUCUCAUUGCUCGAUUGCCUGCCAAAAACUCCAGCUUACUUUUGUCACAGAAUAUUAAUUCACACAUCUCAAAGAACAAGAUCUAUCAGAUUGUGUCACAAAUUAGAUACCCAGAAGAUCUGUGCCCUUAGUGGUGACCAAGACUGAUAGCAUUCAUAAAAGAAAUGAACAGGUGCAGUGAAAUCAUAUUUCAUAUGUUACAGGUAGAGAAAAUUUUCCUGGUAACUUUUAAAUUGAUGAAGAAGAAAUAGGACAUGUAACUGUAUACCUGAUGUGAUUGAAAGCUAUUAAGGAGACCAAGCAUGGAUACUUCUGGCAAAGUGCAAUAAAAGGAUCAACUCUAAAAUAAAAUGCUUUGUAAAUAAUUUAUUGGUAUUGUUCCUUUUUUUCUCUGAAUAUCUCUUGUACAUAGAUUUUGUACAAUGUAUUGCUCAUGUAUGUUUGGAGAACCUAUUAAAUAAGAGUGCUUUAUGUUGGAAGUACAACCCGCUUACAUUAAACAUUCAUCAAAUGAAUGUGUGAUAUGAGAUUCAUUUGACUGGUGUAUAGUAAUUCCAGUAAAGUACAAAUUAUUUGUGCCGAGGAAAGCAAAUAGCUCUGCUGGUUUACUGUAAUUCAAGAACAAAAAUAAAUAAUUUUUUAAAAUUAA